AUGUGCUUUUUUGACGAUGAUUUACUAAAUCAUUUUGUUAAAAUUUUCGAUGUUAACCAGGUUUACCUUUGUUAUAGAUAUUAUAUAAAUUCUCUCAUAAGAUCCUCUUUAUUUCAAAGAAUUAAUACCGUUUCAUCAAUUCAAACAUCUUUAACAGAAGGUGAAAAGAAGAUUUAUGACAGACUGAAAGAUAAAUUUCCCAAUGCUACUUUUAUAGAAGUGAUAGAUAUAUCUGGUGGUUGUGGUGGUAUGUAUAAUCUUGUUGUGUGUUCACCAGAUUUUAAAGGUUUAAAAUCAGUCAAGCAACAUCAAUUAGUUAAUGAGGCAUUGAAAGAAGAAACAUCAGAUUUGCAUGGUUGGAGAAUACAUACUAGCCAUGAAACAGAACCUUAAAUCAAUUUAUAAUGAUUGCAAUAAAUCUCAAUUUUUUAUAAAGAAAAAGAAUUUUUUUAAAAUAUAUUCAAAUAAUACCACAAA